GAAAAAAUUAAAAAUACUAUACCGUUAGAUAUCGAAGGAGCGCGAUGGUAAUUCAAUCUCUUGAGCUAAAUGACAUUUCGUUAUUUUGAACUUUCUGUGUUAAAACGUAGAGCAAUCCAUUUCAGUGAUUAUUUCCAAAAAGCGGCUGGAUGCCCAUUGCGAGAUGGUCCUAUCGCAAAUCAGACGCACGCCGAGAGACUCUCGUUAUUUGCUCCAACAUAGAAGAUUUCUGUUUCGUUGCUGCUCUGAAAUAAACAGUGCGGUUAUCCGAGAAUCGAUCUUACUUACGAUCUUUCUACAAAGCUAAAACGAACGUUAUUCAUUGCGGAUAAUUGGAGAUUACCGCGGAGCAUCGUUGCGUCGUAAUUCACGCGAGUCAUUCCCGAUCCGAUGGUGCGGUGCUCACUGGAAAUCAUCGAUCAUUCUUGCGAUUAUACCCGCGCAAGUGAAUUCGUAACCGGAUAUGCUCGAGCGAGUUGUGGACGAAUGAACGGAGUGGUGUGUGUCGCAAUUCGACGGACUUUCCAUUCGCGUAGCCUUGCUCUGAACAAGGAAAGAUCGAGAAAUCGCGGGAGACGAUUUCGCGACGAGUCUCGAGCUGAAUAAACGUCUCCUUCUGGAGCAGUGUACGACAUCGAGCUACGGUAGCAGCGAGGCAGCGGUGGAGACGUAAGAAACCGUCCAGGUUGAUAGCCGGUCGAUCGAUAGCGCGGCGAACUUCCGCGAUCGAUAUCCCCGGGGAGAAGAACAGCGGUACGUUGCACUCGCGUAAUGAGAACAUCGCCGUCGUUGUCUUAUACAAUAAGGAUGCUGUUAAUUGCAAUAGUGGAGGAUUCAGCCCAUCUAUAUUUGUGCGAUUACGAGUGCAUCGAGCGCAAUGUCAGGGCGACCGAUCGCUUCCGGUAACCGAGCGCUGACACGAUUCUUGAGGAAGGGAACUCGCGGGACAGGCCGACGACGAUUGCAGAGAGAGAGUUUGGAGCAGGAGAGGCAUCUACUGCGGAGGAGACUCGAGGAAGCCAGAGAUGAGAGUGAGACGAGGGCUUUGGAGCUCCAAGCUGACGUGGAGAGCCUCAGGAGCCAGUUGGAGGAGCAAAAUGAAAGGGCGAGAAGGGCGGAGCGUGAUCAAGCCACCCUAGUUGCAGAGUUGACGGCGCAAAACACGAGGCUGGCCGAUCAGCUGAGGGAAGCUGCCAAACAGGAGGAGCAGUUGCUCGCGGAAGUGAAGAGGCUGAGAGAAAAUUGCGCUCUCAGGAACACUACCCUGCAGGAUCAUGUCAGCAGCCUGGAAGUCCUCAGGGACGAGGUACAACUGGUAUCCGCACAAAGGACGGAAUUAGAGAGGCGGUCCUUGGAGCUGCGAGAGGAGAGGGCCAGGGCGAUCGCGGCCCUCGAGGAAGCCGAGGAGAGAGCUACGGCCAUGGAACGACUCGGCCACGAAGCGGAACACCGCGCGAGAGUGGCGGAGCAAGAGAGAGACGAACUGGCGUCAGCAUUGGCAGCUAUCGAGGCAGAAAGGAGAGCCCGGUCCGGUUCGAUACAGAAAACACCGAGGUCUUUGCAAGCGGAAAUGGAGUGCGAAGAGAGUGGCAACUCGCUCGGGGAACAGGAAGACGGAAGUCUGAGAACGGAAGUUGCAAGGGCGACGAAGCGGCUGAGGGAACUGUGUGCUCAUCUGAGACGCGGUGAAGACGACUCGGGUCUACAGAGCGACUGCGACGAAUCCAUGCUGGUAAUUAAUCUCAACAACUCCGAGGCAGAGGUGGGCACUAACGACCGGGAUACUCACUCUUCACCGACAAAUUGUCCGGGUGCGCUGAUAGAGCUGGUCGAAGAAGUCUAUAAUCUCGCGCUGUCAGGCAGAGGAGCACCAGGAGAAUUAGGAUUGGCGGUGGAACUUCACAGGGUACGGGAAGAACUGGAGAGCUCUCGGGAGCAGUGCAGGAUACAGGAGGAGGAACUGAAGCGACGCGGCGAUACUAUCCUGGAGCUGACGAGCAAGUUGAGUGUCUGCGAGGCUGAACUGCGCGGUGCCAAGGAGGAACGUGAUAGGGCGAGAUGCGACAUCGAGCAUUCCGAGCUGACGAAGGACGAGAUCGUAGCGAAGGCUUACAAGGUGCGAGAUCAGGCAGUGGCCCGACAGAAUAGGGUGGAGGUGGAGCUGGCUAGGACACGGAUAGACAUCUUACAGGCGGACAGUCAGCUGAAAGAGGCGAUCAAGCAGAAGAUUGAACUCAGUCAGCAGCUGGAACAAUGGCAGAUGGACAUGCAGGCGCUUCUGGAUGAGCACGUGCGAAGUAAACUAACUCCGACCUCGCAGAUUGUCGCCACGAACGAGAAUUCAGAUAUGUCGGCGCCGGCCAGGAAGAAGAGGAGCACUGGAUCGACGAAGAAGAUGUUCGGCUUGUUUUGACGAAAGUGACGCAGCGCGAUGGCCUCGCUGCGUUAAGCCGAGUGAUCGCGACUCACAUAGACUUUGACUCCUGAUUCCUGCGAAUCAGCCAUUCCGCAUAAAAGAAACGUUAACGGAACGAAGAGAUAAUUGCGAAAAGAAAGUGAAUUUAGGUAUACUUAUCUUUCUAAAAACCGUUCAAUCUCGUGACGAAUGGGAUAGCAUUCCCGACAUCUUCUACUUUGUUACAGUCAUUAUAAAUAAUGCCAUUUGCCAAUCGCACGAUUGCGAUUUAUGAACGAGCAUCUGGGACUAAUCUUAGACUAGCGGCUCUGUAAUUAAAAUUAGCAGCUCGACCGGACACGUCCAGCAAUCCUUAAGAGAUUGGAUACCACGCGUUUGAUCCAUUUUUGAGCCAUUUUUCAGAACCUGCUUAAGAUAAAAUGAGAUAGAAUAUGCAUAAAAUAAGAUAUCCAUCUCUUUUUAUCUUAUGCAUUUCAUCAGAAGUUGUCUAAACGAUAUCCAAUCUCUUACUUGAGGAUUGUUCAAGUAACAGAUCUCUCUUAUUUGAAGAUCUCAAGACACGUCUGGAUUCGUCCGAAUCUCGGGAUAAAUGUUGAAGCAUCUCAGUGCGAGACAUGACGCGUGCGAGAAACGUUCACGUUCUUUGCUCACAGCGAGGAGUCUAUUACAUCGAUGCUGAUGCUCGUGUCGAAACCGUAAUUCGAAUUUAAGUGGCGUCGCUUGCAGAAACAGGGACGUCCGACUUUCUACAAUUCCUCAACUAGGGAAAGUUGCGGAUCCCCAAACGUUCUCGACGUGUCCAAUAUUGUCGUCAUCAUAUUUUUCACCUUCGUCUCGAUACCCGCGUUUUCUGUCGGCCACUUUUUUAUCAAGUGAUCGAUGUAAUCCGGACUGCUCAUUAUCGCUUGACUUCGUAGACCGUUCAUGCGAAAAGUAUUAAAUUGUGUUGCGACGCUAACGGAGUCAGUAAAAUGGACAAGUCGUUAUCGAAAAAAAAAAAUCAUCAUUAACACGUUCUGUGCCGAACUACCCCCGCGCACAGAGCAGCUACGCAUAUAUACAAUAUAGUAGCCAUCACAUACUAUUCGUAGAACACUCGGAAUGGAAAGUUCAACGUAUAUCAUCGGUGAUACACUUGGCAUGGAACGUGUUAAUGUUCUCUCCCCGAGAAAUUAAAGUUCCGAGUGAUGUAUUUUCUCUUCGAUAGAUUUUCAACACGUCCAACCGACGUUUUUAGCUCAGGGAAAUUUUUUGCAUUAUUCUAAUUUCGUUCUUUCAUUGUCCGCUUUCGAAGACUCCAGAAGAACAAUUAUGUUUCAUUGAUUGCAACCAAUGAAAUAAUAAGAUUAACUGAUCACGGUCUCUUGCUUCACGCGGGCAGGUAUUAAUCGACUCAAAGGUGACGAAAGAAGUAAAGGUUUAAUGUCCCGGCAAGACUGAUUAGAAUCGGCAAAGCGCAGCCGCUUUUUCUUCCGCGCGCGAAAACGCGUCCUGUCAUUCUCAUCAUCGUGGAACGAAUCGUUCUCCACGGUACGAACGAUCUCCGAGUGGAAAUUUCUUAUUUCGAAACGGUCCCUGGCGUUUAGCUCAACGAAUAAUGAAACGGAAUCACUUGGGGUAUUUAUCGUUCCGUUUUUUUUUUCGCGACGCAAGCGAUAUCGAAUUCCUCUUGAUACGAAACAUUGUGAUAUGCUGUGUCUUACGUUAUACUCGAAGAAGAUUGUUAUACGCCUUCUAACAUUGCGGAAACAUUUCUGUAAAAAAUCAAAGAUUAUAUUAGAACGGA